AUGGUAGACGAGGCCCACACCUCCCUGGCGGCUCUUGUCAUAGCCAUCGUGGCUUUGUUCAUCGCCUCCGUCCAGCUACUGCAGCAACUCUUCGGCACUGCGGACGGCUACCGUCGCUGCCAGGAAUCUAUCAUAGGUCCCUGGUCAGGACUGACGCGCUUGAGCUGGCGCUGGUCCGAGUUUCGGUUCGAGACCAAGUACACCACGCCGCUGAUUGUAUUGUACGACACGGACGAGCAAUCCAAGGAUCCCCGAAUCGUCGGCAUCAACGAUAAGGCGCCACCUAGGGAGCUGCAGCAGACAACUGGGACCACGAGGUUUGCAAUCGGCCGACGGCGCGAUGGCGACAGAGAAUUCAUGCGGCCCCUUGAUGCCGCCAUCUAUGGUCGAGCGGGAAGUGGGUGUCGAGUACGUGGAAAGGUCCUGGGAUCUGAUGAUCCCCGAAGUCACGAGGCCGCUGGCGACGAGCACCUUGGGGGACAUUGUGGUCAUCGCGCAUCGCAUGGUCAUGCGCUGGCUGGACCUCUUCGUUUCAGCGAGGGCUUCCUGCGUGCCGAAGGAAACGGACAUAGCUUAACGGCAACCCUUCUGCGGGGACUGGGACCGGUAUUUCAGUAUAGCUUCGGGAAAAAAGCCCCUGCGGUUCAGAUGCACGAAAUCAACGGUGGCGAGCCAGCGUUUGAGUGGGUUCCUGGAAAGGAUGCUCUCGUGCCCACGAAGGAGUCGGAUAUGAUGGCCUGUGGGAUCCUCGUUGAAGACCCGAUGUUAGGGCUGCCGAACCCCCACCUGGCGGGCUCCGACGAUGCAGAAACACACCACCUGCUGAGAUUGGCGUUGGUUCGGUUCAGGGUGGGCAAGGACAUCGCGACGCGACUGUCGGAUGGCUACUCGCAGAGAGGCAUCGUGAACGGGUGGCAGUCCCGGGCCAGUUUCGCGCUUGGAGACCUCGUCGGGCUCGUGUCGCCGUUUAUUCCACUACCGGGCUCUGACACCAACCCGAUUGUGAGCCCGAUCCGUACGUCGCAGGUUGGCUCGUCGUUUCUGUUCUGGGAGUCAAGAGAGAUCUUCCUCCUGUGGUUGAAAGAGAUGGUUCAGCAACAACACAGUGCAGACAUAGUAACUGGCAGCCGAUCGAACCUAGCUAUGAUAUGUGAUUACAUAGUCGAAUUGCAUGACAACUAUCCCGACGACUUCUUCAAUCGAUGGGGAAAUGACCCCUACGUCAAGCAAUCGACCGGACGGACAGACGCGACGUCCUCGCACAUCAACACCGCGAAACAACGAUACAUUGAGCGUCUAUAG